AUGUAUUUACUGAAUGAGGAGAAGGGACUAACAUGGGCGAAGACUUGCUCUAGAUGGAGUGAUCUUGUAAAUUUUAGUGGCCUUAGAUGGUGGAAUCGAAGAGAAUCCAAAAGAGAGAUUGAAUCCAAGAUUAGAGCACAUGCGUGGGAUCAGUAUCGAAGGAGAAUAGAAACCGAGGUGAGAGCAACGACACGACUAUUUAUGACCUUAAAUGAAGGGAAGGGAGUAAUUGAGGAGAGUCCUUAUUUAUAUUUUAAUUCGCAUAGAAGACAAGAGAUUAUGGAUAUCUUCAGGUUAAGGGCUGGUUUUAAUACAACGUCGUAUUCACAGAAUUUAAGGCAUUUGAUGCAGAGUACCAAAUGUGAGAAAUGUAAUUGAAUAAAUGAGGAUGAGAUGCAUUUACUUAAUGAUUGUUUUUUAUAUGAAGAUGACAGAGCAAAUUUAUUGUUGGGAUUGGAGGAAAAUGGUGUGCUAGAGGGAGUGAUCAGGAAAAGAUUCAUGCUGCAUGAAGUUGUGCUUUAUGCGGAGAAAUUUGUUAUUUGGAUGAAGGAGGAACAUGCUGGAAGAUUUGGAGAUGUAGAUAACGAGAUAAAAAAUUUUAUUUAUAGAGUGAUGAAGAAAAAAGAGAGAAAUGCUGCUAAGCAGCGCUAA